GGGCAGUGGCUGUGCGCAAGAAUUGGGAAACCAAAACCACAGCGAACCUGUUGAUUAGCCUUUUUAAGAGAUAAAAUAAGUAGCAGAAAUUUAUGGCCAAGAGACCGUCGCAAAGGCUAUCGCAUGUGAGAAAAAGAAGUUGCAAAACAACAAAGGGGUUUCCGAGGCUGGCGAGUAGAUUUUAGAUACUGUGGCAGCUGUCGGCGCGCAGAGAGAAGCGUGCGGCUUAAGUGCGCUUCCAGGAAAGGGUUAAGCGCAUUUCCCAUCUUUCGGAUGCUUUACAGGGGUUAGUUAUUGUGGUGCAGAGGCUGUGGACGGCGCGCUGCUGCGGACAAUCGUGCGAUCAACUUCUCCCAACCCAUCUGGAUCGCCGCCGAAAGCCGAGCAAAUGCCGGGGACGAGAUACGCGGAGUUGGACCUCGACGGCGCCUGGGUCGGAGAGUAAAAGUCGCCGGGCUGUUUGAAUUGCGGAUGGACGGGCGCUAGAGGCACGGCCGAAAUGGAAAAUGCUACGGAAAACCCGAGCAAGGCGGCGGAGUAUCUGAAGGAGCUCAAUAAGAUCAUAGAGACCCAGCAGGAGUUGCUGGAGAAGCAGAGGAGCCGGAUCGAAGAGCUGGAGCAGCAAGUGGCCGAUCUGUGCACGGAGAAUGUCUGCUUGAAGGAGCAGCAUCAGCGGCACCUGGCCGCCUGCAGGCUGCAGCCGGGCACCGGUCACCCUACGUUAGUUGCCAUUAAGGAAAAUGUGAUUCAAGAAAAAUUUGAAUGUGAAAGUUCUCGAAGUGUCAGGCGACACGCUUCUUUGCCAGUCGGGGUCACAGGCUGCCCAGACGACCUCAUUUCCCCACUGUGUGGAAGAAGUUACCCCUGUCGAAAGUGGAGGUCGGCGUCUUUUGGCGUGGAAGGCGACGCGUCGUGCGGAGACGCAGGCCCCUCCCAUGACGCCAGCUACGGCCGAGGUCCAGUGAGGCGCGGAGGCACCGCCUUCACCCAGGAGCGUGCCGAGGCGCUGUCCUACGGCCCGCCGGGUCAGCAGCGCUCCCGCCGGCCCAAGCUGCAACACUCUCAGUCCAUCCUGCGCAAACAGGCCGAGGAGGAGGCCAUCAAACGCUCGCGCUCGCUCUCCGAGAGCUAUGAGCUCUCCAGUGACCUCCAGGACAAGCAGGUGGAGAUGCUAGAGCGCAAGUAUGGGGGGCGUUUCAUAACCCGCCAUGCUGCCCGCACCAUUCAGACGGCCUUCCGCCAGUAUCAGAUGAACAAGAACUUCGAGCGCCUCAGGAGCUCUAUGUCGGAGAACCGCAUGUCCAGACGCAUCGUCCUGUCCAACAUGAGGAUGCAGUUUUCUUUUGAAGGACCUGAAAAAGUCCACAGCUCUUAUUUUGAGGGCAAGCAGGUGUCGCUGACAGAUGAUGGCGCCGAGCUGGGGGCGCUGGUGCAGGCCGAGCGCGGUGACGGAGGCAUCCCUGGCAACAUGAAGUCGCCAACAGACCCAGGCGACUUCACGGACGCCAUCACAGAACUGGAGGAUGCCUUCUCCCGGCAAGUGAAGUCGCUAGCGGAGUCCAUCGAUGAUGCACUGAACUGCCGCAGCCUGCAUGGUGAUGAAGGCCCAGUAGAGGCCGCGAGGUCCCACUCCGACCGGGACCUGGAGGCAACCUAUCAGGUAAAGCCCUCGCAGGCCGGCGACCGCCGCAAGCCGGAGGAGAUGACGGCCUCUUACAGUGACGUGACGCUCUACAUCGAUGAGGAGGAGCUGUCGCCCCCUCUGGCGCUCUCACAGACGGCAGAGCGUCUCUCGAGCACCGAGUCCGAACCGCGGCUCCGGCAGCUUACCUCCUCCCAGGAGUACUGGGCGCUGGCCCACAAGGACGACAAGGGUGACACAGACACCAGUUGCCGCAGCACGCCCUCGCUGGAGUGCCAGGAGCAGCGGCUCCGCGUCGACCAGUUGCCCCUGCUCACCAUCGAACCACCCAGCGACAGCUCGGUGGAGAUAAGUGACCGCUCCGACCGGGGCUCGCUCAAGCGACAGAACGCCUAUGACCGCAGUUUCAGCAGUCAACAGGGCAGCCCCAAGCACGUCUCCCACGGGCUCCCUCCCCGGGGUCCGGCCCGCGACGAAGAGCCCCCUAGACACCGACCCAGGCAACUAGAGGGACAUCUGGCCAUCAACGGCACCGCCAACCGACAGAGCAAGUCCGAGUCGGACUUUUCCGACGGGGACAAUGACAGCAUCAACAGCACAUCCAACUCCAACGACACCAUCAACUGCAGCUCCGAGUCGUCUUCGCGAGAUAGCCUGCGGGAGCAGACCCUCAGCAAACAAACCUACCACAAGGAGACCCGCAACAGUUGGGACUCGCCUGCCUUCAGCAACGACGUCAUCCGCAAGAGGCACUACAGGAUCGGCCUCAACCUCUUCAACAAGAAGCCGGAGAAGGGGAUCCAGUAUCUAAUAGAGAGGGGGUUUGUUCCGGACACGCCUGUGGGCGUUGCCCACUUCCUGCUCCAGCGGAAGGGCCUGAGCCGACAGAUGAUUGGAGAGUUUCUGGGUAACCGGCAGAAGCAGUUCAACAGAGACGUCCUUGACUGUGUGGUGGACGAGAUGGACUUCUCAGGCAUGGAACUAGACGAAGCACUCAGGAAGUUCCAGGCUCAUAUCCGGGUCCAGGGGGAGGCCCAGAAAGUAGAGCGCCUCAUUGAGGCUUACAGUCAGCGCUACUGCAUCUGUAACCCCGGAGUGGUGCGUCAGUUCAGAAACCCCGACACCAUCUUCAUCCUGGCCUUCGCCAUCAUCCUCCUCAACACCGACAUGUACAGUCCCAACGUCAAACCUGAGCGCAAGAUGAAGCUGGAGGACUUUGUGAAGAACCUCAGAGGGGUGGACGACGGCGAGGACAUCCCCCGGGAGAUGCUGACCGGGAUCUACGAGAGGAUCCGCAAGCGGGAGCUGAAGACCAAUGAGGAUCACGUGUCCCAAGUGCAAAAAGUGGAGAAGCUGAUCGUGGGGAAGAAGCCGAUCGGCUCUCUCCACCAUGGCCUGGGAUGUGUCCUCUCCCUGCCCCAUCGCAGGUUGGUGUGCUAUUGCCGGCUGUUUGAGGUCCCGGACCCCAACAAGCCCCAGAAACUGGGUCUGCAUCAGCGGGAGAUCUUCCUGUUCAAUGACCUGCUGGUGGUAACAAAGAUCUUCCAGAAGAAGAAGAACUCAGUGACAUACAGCUUCAGGCAGUCCUUCUCGCUGUAUGGGAUGCAGGUUCUCCUCUUUGAAAAUCAGUAUUAUCCCCAUGGAGUCCGACUCACUUCCGCCAUCCCCGGUGCGGAUAUCAAAGUCCUCAUAAACUUCAAUGCCCCUAACCCCCAGGAUCGCAAGAAGUUCACGGAUGACCUGCGGGAAUCCAUCGCAGAGGUCCAGGAAAUGGAGAAGUACAGGAUAGAGUCGGAGCUGGAGAAGCAGAAGGGCGUGGUCCGGCCAAGCAUGUCCCAGAGCUCGGGCCUCAAGAAGGAGGGGGGCAACAGCAACAUGAGCCGCGCCAGCCUGGACGACAGCUACGCCAUGGGAGAGGGCCUGAAGCGGAGCGCCCUCAGCAGCUCACUGCGCGACCUCUCCGAAGCAGGCAAGCGGGGGCGCCGCAGCAGUGCAGGAUCGCUAGACAGCAAUAUGGAAGGGUCCAUCAUUAGCAGUCCCCAUGUGCGCCGGAGGGCCACCUCCACCCGCGAGUGUCCGUCCCGCAGCCAGCAGCCGGCGCAGCUGCCCAACUCCUCCUCCAUCCUGGGGACGCUGUUUGGCGGCAGCGGGGGUGGCAAACGAGUCAAAUCCCCGUCACAAGGCCAUUGCCGCCGCUACCCCCCGCAGCACCCCACGCUCAUCUCGCACACGCCGCACUCCAGUGCAAUGCACCACGGUGCUCAGGUGGAGACGCAGGCCCAGAUGCACGCGCACCACGCGCAGUUCUGUCCCGCUCAGCAGAACCCGCCUCCGUACCACCAUCACCACCACUACCACCCCCCCGCUCACGUGCAGUACCACCAGUCGCAGGGCGCCCACGCCCCCCACAGCGGGCACGGCCACGUGGCACACGGCCACACCCCUCACGCAUCACACGGCCACGCCCAGCACCCCGCUCACUCCCAGCAUGCCCCACACCACCACGGCCAGCAGCCUGCGCCCCCACCAGCACCCAGCACAAAGCCCAAACACAGUGGCAUCAGCACGAUCGUCUGAGCUUGGGUGGAGGAGGUGGAAUGGAACGCUCCUCUACAGGCAGAAUUGGUCGGAGGAAUGCUUCCCCCGGCGACGAGACACUGUGAGCCGCCGGCCAGGAUGGCAGGACGCUGUGGAGAACAUGUACUUCCACUUCAAUGCGAGCCCGUCAGCUGCAAGAAGUGAACCUCACACUGUACACGGCUCUGCCAGGGAGUCCCAUCGCAUUUGCCCAAUGCCUCCCAGCUCUUGAGAGCGACCAUCACACAGCUGAGAAACUGAGAAGCUGAGAUCUUACUAGGCUGAUCUUCUAGUUAAUCUCCCACCACAGGAGGUCUUCCUGUCAACGCCACCGUCUGAAAACGAGGCAUAUUCACACGCUCUGGCUCCAACUCACUUAGCAAAGACAGAUUACUCACGGGCUUCUCGCAGGCAUACUCAAACUAUCUUCUGACUACUGUUCAAACAGGUCAAUUGUUUUUCUCAAAAUAGUUCUUACCAUGUGUAUGUUGGUCCGAAUAGAAUAUAUAUAGUAAUUUCAACUAGGAGAAUUAACAAAUUUUAGACCAACAGCCGGGAGUUAACUAUUGAGAAUCUGUCAUGAAGAGUAGCUUUUCCAGUAUUUACUGUAUCCGUAGAUCACAGCUUCCUGUGAUACCUGUUAUCAGUCAUUAAUGUGCCAAUUAUUAAAGCAUCUAUCUAUUUUAGUCUAAGGAUUUGCUUUGUGUAUACUGUGCAUAUAGUAUUUUGUAAAAAUGAUAAUGCUAGCAUCAGAUAUUACUGAUAUCAAAUAGGAUGGACGGAGGCAUCUUAAAAUUCUCAGUAUUAUAUCCUAAAGUAGCAGGCGUAGUCUCUCAAUGUAGAUACAAACUGAAUGCUCUUAAUAGGUAGGCUGUUCCCUGACCAGGAUUAUCUCCAGUUGCCUUCGGAAUAGAAUUCUCGAGGAUUCUAGAAUGCGGCUGCAGUCCUCCCGCAUCGCCCUGUGACGUACUGGUCCUCACAGCGGGCCCCCUCUCGGUAAGCCUGCACGGCUCAGGCGCGGGGGGGGAGGCGGCAGCACAGCCUUGGUGGACCGGUCCUGGCUGCACGUGUACCAUGGUUUUAUUUUUUUAAGACUAUUUUUUUAGAGAUGAAUAAAACAAAAAUGAAAUACUGUACAUCAUUAUAUUAUGUCUGUUAAUGGUUUCGGUGUGGUUCUUGGAAGCAGACAAAACAAAGGUUUAUUUUUCCCAUGGGAAUUGGAAGCAGACAGGUGGGGGCAAUCAUUGUUCAAAGCUCUCCUCUUUUUUUUCCUCCUCCGAGUCCCUAACAUGGGAUUGAACAUUCUCAGCUGGCUGAGUGUGCCCUUUUAUUGCAAGUUUUCACAGCAUGUAGCGUUCAUUGACUGUUAGCGCAUGGCCCCACCUGAGCGCACACUCGGCUGCUUGCUGGUUCCCGGGCCGGCGGCCCACCUGUCCUGGACCGAGCCCUCAUGAUGGAGGGACCGGGCCGCAGCCACCAGGGUGUAGCACUCAACCGGAGGGGCGUUUCGUAGCUUCCGUGCAGCGCUGCAAGACUUCCUUCCUUAAUCGUUUUGUUAUGAUUAUUUUGUUUCAUUACAGUGACUUUACCACGUGAUCAUUUCCCGUGCUGUGGGCAUUUCUCACAUCGGUGGCUUUGAGGCUUUUUCGGGUGUAGGCAGAAGGGUGGGGUAAGAUGCAGCAUAGUGGUGCAAGAGGCAGGUUUAGAAAGCUAUUGGCACACCCCUGCAUUCGCUUUAGCAAACUCUGUGAAAUUCAUUCUUACGCCGUGUUCCCCCAGAGCAAUACAGAUUAAGAGUUUAAUUCCAUCAUUCUGUUCCCCAUUGAUUAAUUGUUCUAAUUUUAUGUGCAAUAUAUACAUACAUCUGUAUUUCAUUUUAUAAAUUCACUCAUCCUGGGUGUCCUUUAUUUGAGUCCAUGUCUAUUACAUUUUGUCUUUUUUGUUCUGAAAAACAUUCUCUUAACUCAGACUUGAGUGUUUCCUUGAUAUUUCAGGAACCUGCUUUCUGCAGUGACGACGAAUGUAAAAGAAAAUAAUCUUGCAUGUAAUCUUAAUAUUGUGAGACUAUUCUCUACAUAUUGUAUAUUCACAAUAUAUAUCAGUGUUACUGUUGACUAUUGUUGAAGUUAAGUGAUCACAUAUUAAAAUAUGUAGACUUCUCUUCAUACCACUGUGUACCAAUGUAGAAUCUGUUAUUGGGUGGUCCAAAACAGAUAUAUUUCAUUGAUAUAUCUUCUUCCAUUUGUCUCAAUACUGGAAAACAUACACUUCAGUGGUGCAAAAAAAGUGUGUAUGUACAUACCUUUGUAGACUCUUCAAUUAGGCAGUGUGUAUGGUGUCCAGUUUACACAUUAGGAGUGAAACGGUUACUUAUUUACUCACAACUGGUAUGGUAAAUAUAUGUACAUAUACACAUGCCAACACAGGCACUUAGCUGUGAUAAAUUACGUAAUUAGUAUACUAGACAAAUCUGAGAUUUACAGAUUUAAAAUAAAUCGGCGAAUUCCUAACAUCAACUAUGUCAACAAACACUCGCCAGUGAACAAUCCGGAAGAACAUCGAAAUAAAAUUUCUACUAGACAGCCUUAAAACUGGUAUUUACUGGUGUAACUGGGAGUCAUUUGAGUAUCUCAACAUUUUGUUUGUUUUUUUUACAUCCUUUCAGUUCAUUAAUAAACUCUGUAGUAACGUGAAAAGCGCUUGGCAUACAUGAUCCUCCAGAACACGUCAGCCACGUCCAUGAUAUUCCGCACGGGACGGAGCCCCUCCAACAAUGGAGCACAUACCGCCAGUCCCUCGUGCUUCUUGCUAACCAGUGGAAGCGCUUUUGCUCUCUUUCUUUUGUCUUUUAAAAGCUUGAUGUUAUUGGCCGUUCCAUUUUACAUGGUUUGUUACUGGAGCACAGCACACAUCUCAUUUCUGUACGCGAAAAACACCACGCACUUUGGCCCAAAAGCUGAGGACUUUCGCAAUGUAUAUAACUGAAGGGAUGGACUAUAGCGAAAUCUCAAGGAAUAUGUAAAGGAAUGGGAAGUCAGGGGUUGUUUCGUUUGGGGGGGGGCUUGGUGAUGGGGCUGCCCGAGUGUCACAGGGAAUAUUAAAUUGUAAAUAGUCUGUAUAUUAUUAGUACUUCUAUACAGCACCUGUAGUGAUAUUGAGGGGGCACCAUACCUUCUCCCUAGAAGAAAAGUCAUCUCAUAUCUGCUUCUGCUUCCAAACAUAUCGAACUGUCAUAGUAUCUAGUCAGUAAAAACAGACUGUUACAUAAUUCUCUACAACUUUUUCGUUUUCAUCUCGGGAUGCUUCUGUCCCCUCAGACUUAAGGCCCAUUUUGUAAUUUAAAAGGGAGAGAACGAGUGCUUUCAUUUUAAUAUGCAUUGUUUGUAAGUAGAUAAGACCCUAUCAAUGUAACACUAUAACUGUGACAAUGUUGAGAACGCAAAAAUAAAAGAAUAUGAGACGAA